AUGGAGGCGCGCAGAUCAAUCGCGGGCAGUGCAAAAAGGAAGCCCAAAGGAGAGAGAGACCGCGAUACAGCACCACCGAAAGAAUUCCUUCCUUAUGUGUCCCAUUUGGUAGCGGACGUGUCCCUCCGCCGUCGCCGUCUCCCGGGCGCUGGGUUUUCAUGUGACUCAUUUGAUAAGAAGCUCAACGUUUUGCUGAGCCUUGAUCCUCCGCCAUUACCGGCUGCCAAAUGUGUGCACGAGCAUCAGCGAAUGCGGAAACGGAGGAAGGCUUAG